AUGGCAGGAUACCAGCUCUGGUCACCAUGGACCCCGCUGGAUGAGAGCUUCCAAUGGCUGCGGCACACAACACCUACACCUUCUUCCAAGCACCCCUUUAGGGCCUCCCCCUGCUUCCCACACACCCCUUCUGACAUUGAAGUGCAGCUGUGCUUUCAAGAGGUCACUCUAGUCCUAGACAGCCCAUUCCUGGAAACUGGGGUGAGUCCCAAGCUACCCUGCCACACAUCAGAGCUCCGAACCAUGAACAACAAGAAAGGGCUGGUCAGGAAGCCCCAGCCUGUCCGCCUCAGUGGAGUCGAUUCGGUCUUUGGCAGGGUCAUCACAGCUCAGCCUCCAAAGUGGACUGGAACCUUCAGAGUUUCAGACAAGUCAGCCUUUUGCAAAAUCAUCAGCCGGGAGCACCAGUGGCCCACUGGACUUAAGGAACCUCAGAUUCAGAUGACAGUGACCAUGUGCAAACAGAUGCUGCGCUCUAUCCUCUUGCUGUAUGCAACGUACAAGAAGUGUACCUUUGCCUUGCAACACUCCAAGUAA